UCCCUGUCUAUUCAACACUUAUUUUUAUUUUGUUUAACUUAUUGUGAUCUCAUUAGUGUUAAUCGAUUCAAAUCAUAUCCAAAAGGUAAUCGCUGAUUUCUAUUGAAAUCAAAAGCAUCGAUAAAAGUAAACACCAUUUUUCGACACAAUCAUCUCAAACAAUCUCAAAUCCCAUAAUCAAGUUAUUAUUUAUGCAAUAUAUAUAUUUAAUGCACGCGUCAUAACCGGUGAAAUGCAGCGAAUUUUACAGAAAACUCGUAGCUACUGCACAGUUCUAAAGAAAGUGAAUAAUAAUCACAAAUUUGACCAACCAAAGGAAAAUAAGUUGAACUUUUCCGAACUAAAGUAUCCAUCGAAAGUUCCAAGUAAACCAAUAAAACAAAAUUUUCCAACAGGUGAAAAACCUGUAAUAGAUAACGCAACUAUACAACUCCUUGAGCGUCUUUCUUUAGUUAAUUUGGAAAGUAAGGAAGCUUUAACUACAUUGGAAAAAAGUAUUGAAUUUGUGGAAAAAAUUUCACAUAUCGAUACAACUAACGUAUUGCCUUUAUAUACCGUAUUGGAGGAUCAAAACUUAUAUUUGCGCGAAGAUUGCGUAACAGAAGGAAACUGCAGAGAAGAUAUCCUACGUGGUGCCAAAGUUACUGAGGAAGAUUAUUUUGUCUCUCCACCCGGCAAUAUUCCACUACAACAAAAAGAAAAGGAUUUUACUGAUAAUUAAACGAGGCAAAUAUGAAGCA